GAAGAAAUGCGGAAGUGCGGCGUGUGUAAACAAUCGAGUCGUCGAGUCACGACACGAACGCGCUCCUCCAUCUAAAGGUUUGACCGUUCACGUUUUAAAGGUUUGCGGUACGUGUGAACAAGGUGUCGACGUAGCCGGUGAGACGUGACGAGGUGUCCGCCAUGCCGUAUCUGGGCAGCGAGGAUACGGUGAGGGAGCUGAGGAGAGCUCUGUCGAACCCUAACAUCCAGUCCGACCCGCUGCGCUACCGGAACUCCAUCCUCAAGGUGAUCAGGGCCAUGUCCCAGGGUGUGGAUGUAUCAGGCCUGUUCAGUGAGAUGGUGAAAGCCUGUGCCACAGUGGACAUAGUCCAGAAGAAGCUGGUCUAUGUCUUCCUGUGUUCCUAUGCCUCUUUGAACCCUGAGUUGUCUCUGCUGGUCAUCAACACGUUGAUGAAAGACUGUCAGGACCCAAACCCCAUGGUGCGCAGCCUGGCCCUGAGGAACAUGAUCAACCUCAGGUUACCCAGUCUGGUGGAGUACGUACAGCAGCCUCUGACAGCAGGACUGAGGGACAGAGCCGCUUGUGUACGGCGGGUGGCUGUUCUCGGCUGGGCGAAGCUGCAUAAUCUCCAGCCCCGCUCUGAGAUAGAUGGUGCAGUGGUGAACGAGCUGUACGGCCUGCUGAGGGACCCGGACCCGGUCGUGAUGGUGAACUGCCUUCGAGCGCUGGACGAGAUCCUGAAAGAGGAGGGAGGAGUGGCUAUCAAUAAGCCAAUCACCCAUCACCUGCUUAACAGGUUGGAGGAGUUGGAUGUUUGGGGUCAGUGCGAGGUGUUAAGGGUCCUCCAGCGGUACCGUCCCCAGGCAGAGAACGAGCUGUUUGACAUCCUGUCCCUGCUGGACGCCUCUCUGGUCAGCCCCCACCCCUCGGUCAUGGCGGCUACCCUCAGCCUCUUCCUCGUCCUUUGCCCCGACCUGCCUGCCGUGAGCAUUGCGGCGCUGGAGCGAGUUUGUGGACCCCUGCUGGCGGCCUGCGGCAGUGUGUCCAGGGAGACGAGGUUCGCUGCUCUGUGCCACAUCCAGCUGCUGUUACGUUCUCUCCCCGGCCUGAUGGGGGCGCACUACAAGCGUUUCUUCUGCGGUUACGCUGAGCCGGCCUACAUCAAGCAAAGGAAGAUGCAGGUGCUGGUGGAGCUGGUUAAUGACGACAACGUGGCCAUGUUGCUGGAUGAGCUGAAAGGAUACUGCACUGAUGUCAACACAGACACGGCGCAGGCUGCGAUCUCAGCUAUAGGUCGGAUCGGACGGAGCUACAGCGACAAGUGUCUGGAGAUCCUGACUGGACUGCUGGGGCUCAAACAGGAGCACAUCACUUCUGCGGUGGUGCAGACGAUGCGUGACCUGGUGUGGGUUUGUCCUCAGUGCAGCGACACAGUGUGUUCGGCUCUAGAGGGCUGCGAGGAGACGCUGCAGGACAGCCAGGGCAGGCAAGCCUUGCUGUGGCUGCUGGCCGUGUAUGGGGAGCGGGUCUCCAGCGCCCCCUACACGUUGGAGGGGUUCAUUGAUGGAGUGAGGAGCGAGGCCUCUCUGGGAGUCAAGAUGGAGCUGCUGACGACCGCCAUGAGGCUGUUUGUGUGCCGGCCCGCUGAGACACAGGACAUGCUGGGAAGACUGCUGCACUACUGCAUUGAGGAGGAGACGGACAUGUGUGUGCGCGACCAGGCACUUCUCUACUACCGCCUGUUGCAUUGUGGUAUGGAAGAGACACGCAAGGUCCUUGGGGGUCGGAGGUCGGAACUGUCUCUGGGCGUUUUGAUUGGCCGCCCCGCGGAGCCCAUCAGCCAGUGGGCAUACAGCUUUAACACUCUGGAGCCUCUGAAGCAGGGAGGUGUGGAGACAGAGCCAACCAGCAGAGGAAGCCCUCAACAUGUGACCUUUGACCUUAACAAUGACCUCUCGGACACACUGAAUGGUUCUCAAAUUGAGGAAGUUCAUUCAGGGUCGGAUGCUUCCUGUGGGUUUUCCUUUUCCUCUCCUGAUGUCCUCAGUUUGUCCCUCUCUCCGGCUCUCAGCCCACAGGAGUUUGAGCGUCUGUGGACGCAGCAACUGGAUUGGCAUGCUGAGAAAGGGGCUGAGGAGCUGGAGGAGGAGGAGGAUUAUGUGUGCUUGGAAGAACACAUCCGAUGCCCUGCCAUACCUCACUGCUCACCACAAAGCCUGCAGGCUGCAAUGCAGCUGGUUAAUAUCCAGACCCUGGCCUUCACGUCGGCCCACACCACUCCCUGGAGGGUCUACCUGUACACACACACCCAGCAGGCAGCCCGCAGCACGCUCAUAGUGGGCGAGCUGCUGUAUGUUGGACAGGAGGAUGAGGAUGUGGCGGGAGAGGAAGCCGGGCUAAGUGCAGGAGAGUUGGUUAGACCACAUGGGCCAGAGGAGGAAGUUAAAGUAACUCUUAAACAGCAACCAAGAGAUGACAAAGCUCUGAAGGGGUUUCUCUCCAUCCUCACAGCUGUGCUGCACACGCUGUCCUCCGAGAGCAAUUCAACACGCACACAAAAACAUUGAAAAAGCCACUGAAAAUGCUGUGAAAUAAAACCCGCUGAAAACCUUCAGCAAAGGCUCAGACUUCAGGGAACCACAGUGAGUUGUAAUUCAUGUGGGAGUGGUCUUCACAGGUGGAACUAUUUAGUGGAUCAACUUCAGGUGAUAGUUUAGUUUACUGUCCUAAGAAGAGUUGAAAUUAUAGUGCUGAAUCAUUGCACAAAACCUAAUUCUCACUUUUCUUGUUUGAAGUGAACAUAAUACUUAUCUCCGUAACAGGUUCCCACCACGCCGAGCUAGAAGAGGAAUAUCAUGGUUCACUGUUUUGUAUAAACAAAUGUGAGCCGCUGUCGGAGGCUCGGGUGUCAGCUCACUGCUCGUUCAAGUGAUGAAAUUAAAAGAAAUACUUUAACUCCU